AUGUACAAGUCCGAAAUAGAAACAUCUUCGACCGAAUCUGGCACAAAUGCUUCUUCCUCGCAACGUCCUGAAAUAGAAACAAGUUAUAUGUCAAACGACACAUCAAGGUUGGUAAAGAAGAAGAAGACAACCACAAAGGCAUUAGUGAAGCGUCUACUAGGCGUUGUGGCUGACUUAACUUCUAAAGUAGAUCGUGUAUUACAGAAAAAAGAUGAACCAGACAGAAAUUUUGAACAAGACAGAGGGUUUCGAGAGGAGGAGGAGGAGGAGGAGAUGAUAAAUGAAGAGGAGGAAAAAAAAUAUUACCAUGAUACACAUUUGCAUUAUAAUGAUAUAAGUACUCAUGGUUUGGAGUUGCAAUCCACACCAAAAUUGAAGAAAAUCACCAAAGCAAAGAAAAAAAAAGUGGUGAAGAGUCCUGAAAAAGCAAAUGAAGACAUUGUGAAUGAAGAGAGUAAUGAUGUUUCAAAUCAUCUCCUGCUCGACAGUGUUGAAGUUACUGACGCUGGGUGGUUAAUUUCUUCGCAUAUUGCGAUAUGGAGUGCCUUGCUCAUGGAAAGACGGCUGGCGAACGCAAGGUGGACGAUAUUCCCUCAAGAACUUAAUUUGCAAAACGGAAAAACAUUUUUUCUUAGGAAUAUAGCAAAUGGUGUCGGAGGCCAUCCUAAAUGGAAGGAUGUGGAUAUGGUUCUAUUCCCCAUAAACGUUCCUCAUGCCCAUUGGUUUUUGGCAGUGCUACAUUUAGAUAUUUGGAAAGUACACAUUUAUGAUUCAGCACGAUCUAUGAAUUUCUUCACACAGUACUUGACUGGUGGAGAAUUCAAAAGUUUUGGGGAUAGUAUUAUCUCAGAGCUAGAUGUCAUUGACUACUAGAACGAUUUUCCCGAUGGACACAAAGACAACGCAGUUGUGGAGUUUAUUGAUAUUGUAGACGCGCCACAACAGGAAUAUAUUCUUAAUAGCGGGGAUUGUGGAGUAUUCGUAAGCAUGUAUAUGGAAAUGAUUGCUUUGGGGGUACUGGUGAAGAGUGAUAAGCCAUGUAGAGAUGCAGGAUUUCUCUACAGAAAUAGGAUGACAAAUAUUAUUUGGGAUACUAAAUAACUUGAUGUUUGGAAGUUUGUAUACAUUAUUAUGAAAUACUUUUUUUAGU